AUGGAGCGGUCCUCCCACCGUGUGCAGAAAAGAUACUACAGCCUCACCAUCAUCGUCUCCAUCGUCUUCCUCUACCUCUACCUGCGAGCUUCGGCUUUCACAGCGCGACCCGUUCGCCACUCCGAUGGCCUCUCCAAAGAAUACCGCGACCUUUUCGCUACCAACGCAGUAAAUAAUACCCUGGUCAUUGUCCCGGUGAAUACAGGAAUGCUGAACUGGGCCGAAAAUCUCCUCUGCUCUCUCCAAUCGACGGGUUUCAAUACUUCCUCUCUAAUCUUCUGGGCGCUGGAUGCCGCGGCGGAGAGUACUCUGAAAGCUCAAGGACGGCUCACGUAUCGAAAUGCGGAAUUGUUCGCGACGGGCGAGAAUGAAAACCGGCAUGGCGAUACGCGAGCUUACAAGCGCAUGAUGCGCGAACGACCGAAAUUCUACAUUGACGUUUUGGCUUCGGGGUUCGAUAUCCUGAUGUUGGAUGCUGAUACGGUCUUCUGGCAAUCGCCUCUUUCCAUCGUGCCUGCUGGCGGAUCGGAGGCACGAGAUGGGGUGGAUAUUGUGUACAGCACCGACUCGCGGGAAUUCUACCAGGUUCACAAUGCGUUUGAAGAUGAAAGGAGACGAGGAGCGUAUGUUCCGCCGAUAUGCAACGGGAUUUUCUGGAUGAAGAGUAGUAAGGAGACGAUUGCUUUGUGGAGGGAAAUGCUAGAUACGUGGGAGGAUUGGUGGUUUGAGACGCCUUUUGGGAGGAAAGAUUUUCAGGACGAUCAGAGGGCUAUGGAUGUUCUUUUGAAUGACGGGCGCGCGCGGGUAGUGGCGCCUUUCCCGGAUGGGAUCGAGAAGGAAACUGUGCCGGUACCUCCCGGGGCUAGGUUGGGCGUGAGAUUGUUGGACCAGACGCAGGUGGUUAAUGGCCAUUUGCUUAUGAACAGGAAUAAUGUAUAUGAGGAGUAUUUGGGGGGAUUGAGGAGAGAGGGAGGGGAUAGGAUUGCGGCGCAUUUCAAUUGGUGGACUGUGGAAGUUUCCAAGGAAGAAGGGGCGAAGCAGCUUGGUAUGAUGUUUGUUGAUGAGAAGGGGGAAUGUAAAGCGGACGCCGGAAGCGUUUGAGUGAGAGACGAGGAGCCUGACUGCGAAGAAGAGUUGCCCAUAGGUGUAUAGGUGUCUGGCCUGUGAGUGGUCAGUCGGAUACGGGAGCUAGUGGAAGGCCGGGUGGAUUGGUGCUACCAGACAACUUCCAUCGACCUACUCCACUACAUCCUUGGCCUACAAACCAACCUGCUGAUGAAAAGAAUUCCAAUGCUCGACUUCUUUGACGAACUCCCGCCCUGGCGCAAGAAUAUAUCAGUCCAUGUUCCAUUCCACAUGUUGACUGCCUCGCAGCUCAUCAGACCUCGCUUCCGCGGCUAAGCUGAUGGCGACAUCACUCGGUAUUGGUCCCGCACUACAGCUCCGAAGAUGCAUUUGUAAUACAAGAACAUGCCAAUAUCUCUAUCAACAUACAUCCAGGACAUAUACGACACGAUACAAGCGCCAUAUCAAAGUGUUACCAUGGGCUCUCACGGCAACAUAGGCCAUCCAAACGGCACUCCCCGCCUCGCCAAUGGAACCGGCCAUGGCAAUGGAUACGAGGAGAAGAAACGACUCCAUCUCACGGCAUUCAUGCGCCCCGUCUCUCUACAUACCGGAGCCUGGCGCUAUCCCGAAAGUUAUCCCGACGCCAACUUCAACUUCAACCAUCUCAAAUCCUUCAUUCAAAAAUUGGAAUCCGCCAAAUUCGAUGCCUUCUUCAUGGCGGAUCAUCUCGCAGUCCUCAACAUGCCCCUAGAAGCCCUCAAGAGAAGCCACACAACCACUUCCUUUGAACCUUUCACCCUCCUCAGUGCUCUCUCGCAAUGUACCUCCAAAAUCGGACUGGCUGCCACUGCGUCCACGACAUAUGACGAGCCAUAUCACAUCGCCCGGCGAUUUGCGAGUUUAGAUCAUAUCAGUAACGGGAGGGCGGCUUGGAAUAUCGUCACGACGGGGAACCCGGAAUCUGCGAAGAAUUUUGGACAGGAAGAACAUCGUGAGCAUGGGGAUAGAUAUCGGAGAGCGAGGGAGUUUUACGAUGUCGUUACAGGGCUGUGGGAUUCGUUUGCUGAUGAUGCGUUUGUGAGGGAUCGCGAGAGUGGGAUUUAUCUCAACCCUGAUAGGAUGCAUGUGUUGGGUCAUAAGGGAGAGCAGUUGAAUGUUAGGGGACCUUUGAAUAUUGCGAGGCCGGUGCAGGGAUGGGUAAGUGUGCUCUCCUAUUUGCCUAUAACUAUGCGUGCUUCUCAUCUGCCAAUACCUGCUGACCCACUCGUAUAGCCCGUCAUCGUGCAAGCAGGCCAAUCCGACCCAGGAAAGCAAUUAGCCGCCGAAACAGCCGAGCUCGUCUUCUGCUCUCCGGGAAACCUGGCUCGAGCCAAAGAACUCUAUUCAGACAUCAAGUCCCGCACCCAAGCCGCCGGACGCUCGAGAGACCACAUCAAGAUCCUUCCAGCGGCCAUGAUCAUCGUCGGGGACAACUGGGAAGACGCCCAACGGAAACGUCUCGAACUCGAUAGUCUGGUUCACUAUGACAGCGCGAUUGCUCAAUUAUCCAUCUCGCUGGGAACGGAUGCUUCGGUCUUUGACCCAGAUGCUCCUCUGCCCAAGAACUUACCAGAAACCAACGCGAGCAAGACGGGAAGGGAAGGCGUGAUUCAACUUGCUGCCGAAGAGAACCUCACCGUACGACAGAUCGCUCAGAGGUACGGAGGGUUCUGGGGUCUUGCCUUUCUCGGUUCUCCCGAGAAGAUCGCAGAUGACAUGCAACAGUGGCUGGACGAGGAAGCUUGUGAUGGUUUCACGUGUGUCAUGCCCUACCUACCGCAAGGAUUGGACGAUGUUGUGCAGAAGCUGGUGCCUGUGUUGCAGGAAAGAGGGCUUUUUAGGAAGGAAUAUGAGGGCAACACGUUGCGGGAGCACUUGGGAUUGCCCAGGCCGGGGAAUAAGUUCUUUGAAGGGAACAAGACUGGUAUCAGAGCGGUCACAGGCGAGGAAACAGACGAGAAGAAGACGAACGGCGUUGUGCCUGCAGUUGCGAUCAAUGGUGCGCCGGUCAAUGAGGCUCCGAUGAAGGGCAUCCAAAAGGCAGCAGAGGGCGAAAACGGGCAUCUCAACAGCACAGGCCAGGAUUGGAUCCUAGAAGCCACGAGGUAA